AUGGCUACCCUUACGACCCUAACAGAUAAUCAAACUCCACAAACUCCAAAUGAAUGGAAUGAGUCUACCACUCCUCGCAAUGAUUCAGAUUCAAAUUUGAAUCAUGCAAUUAAUGCAUCAAUGGUAGAUGAGAAAAAUCUCCAAAGAGCAUUAUCGGAAAGUCUUCGAGAUAAAUCUACAGGUGGAGGUUAUGACAGUCAAGCUCUUGUUCUAUACAAUAAUGUUUUUAAUAAUUGGUCGGAUCCAGUACAACCAAUGAAACGUAUGAAGUUGGACACAACUCCGCUUGGGUUAAGAGCAAUUUCACAAUAUGGUUAUGCCGGUUCAUUGUUCCAAGCAUUAUUUCAUAUACCAAUAUUUCGAUUGGCUUUAUUAGCAUAUCGGCCAUCUCGAGAAAAUUGGGGCGCAGUAGAAGGUUAUUGGAAGGGAACUGCGAUGGGAUUACAAGUUGAGGAUAAUCAAAUGAGUUUUCAAUCAUCAGACUUCAUAUCUCAAUUAUGUACCCUUAAGUUUAUGCAUGAAUUUCAAAAACUUUUCGGGUUUUUGUCCUUGAGUAAAAGAACAUAUGGAGACGCUAGUUACUUGAUGUCCGCUUUGGAUUAUCAGGAUAAUAAGAUUUGGAAUGAUUGGGAAGCUUCUGUUCAAGAAUUUCUUAAUAAACUACUUAGUGUAAUUAUGCGUUCAUUAGCGUUGCGUGAUCUUAUUAAACUUGAAUCCGAGAUUCCAGAUUCUAUAGCAGAUGUUGGGUUUGAUAUAUUGUUAAAGUCACGUACCAGGAACGAAACCAUUAGGAAAUAUGAAGACUAUAAUUAUCAACCUGAAAGAAAGGAUGAUGAAGUUUUGAAAAUUACUCCGAGUUGUAAUACAAUUUAUGCUGCGUUUGAUCGAAAAGUACGAUCUAAAGCAGAGACGAUGCAUAAAUUGUUUUUCAUAGAUAUUGCAAAGAUUUUGAUUUUAAACUUGAAACAAGACGGAUAUACUGAUAAUAGUUUCACAUCUUCUUUUGGAAGUACGGGAUUUCAGAUUCCUAAGGAAUUAUAUAUGGAUCGAUAUAUGCUGAGUAAAGCAGAUGAUGUUGAGAGACGAUGGCAACACUUGGAGGACCUUAAGGUAGAACUAGAAGACAUAAAUCAGGAUAUUAAAAAAAUAACAGAAUUUCAGGGAAGACAUGAUGGUUCAGAUUUACUCAAAGGUUCGAUUGAUUAUUUUCGUCGUAAAUGCGGUAAAGCAAGUGAUAAUGGCGUUGAGGACGAAAAUGCGCAAAAAGUAUGUUCCUUCUUAGAGGGGGUUUUAGAAAAUGUUGAACAGAAGCUUAGAGUCCUCUUGGAGAAAAAAGAUGAAAUAGAUGGAAAAAUUAAGGACAUUUUUGAUACACCAGAUAUGAAAACAGUCGUUUAUCGGCUCAAGGCUGUUUUAGUGCGUGAUAGUCAAUUUGGACAAGGACAACAUUAUGCCUAUAUAAGAGGCAAUAAAACUGAAACCAAUUAUUCUAGUAACGAUGAAAAUGGUAGUUGGUGGAAAUUCUGUGAUACGACUGUUUCAGAGACAUUUGAAGAACAAGUGCUCAAUGAUAUGUCAGGACCUUACGUGAACUCUGGCGUGUAUACUCUUAUCUACGUUGAUGCUGAUUACGAUUAUAACAUUUCGGAAAUUAAUGAUGUUAUCAUUCCUUCACUUAAGGAUUAUGUGGAAAAGGAUAAUCACGCACUUGAAGAUGAAUUAUUUAGUAAUAAUGAUCCUGUGAACAAUCAAGAUGAAUAUAUGAUUACUACGGAAGAAACUGAAUAUCAGAAUACUCAAGGGGAAUGGAAUUCUGAUUCUACAUAUAGUGGCGGUAAUGAAGAAUUAAAUGAACAAAAAAUUAUGCAAAAAAUUGAUAGCCAAAUCGAAAUUACUAUACGUCAGGCGGAAAAUAUGCUUGAACAAAUUGAUUUGUUUAAAAACUUAAUGCAUAAAUAUUACGAUACUAACCAUAUAGAUUUGGAAUGGGAUGAACCUUCUCCGCUGGAUACUAGAUAUCGAGACGAAUCACCUUAUAAAGAAUAUGUAGAACUCUUUAACAAAUAUAAACAGAUAACUGUGUAUUUUGUUGAAGGGUUAGAACGUAUUAAGAGUGAUGAAUACAAUCAUGCGCUUGUUUACUUUAAGCAUGCAAUAAACCUGGAAAAUGACUGGCUCAACCAGCUUGUUGUAGAGGACGAAAAAGGAAAUCUGGUAACUCUACAUGGAGAAAAAUUACGACGUUCAAAUGAAAUUGAUGCUUAUGCUAGAGCAUUGCUUAAUAAUUUCGAUUCUAAAUAUCUUGAUGCUAAAUAUGUUAAGCGUGGACUUGAAGAUGCAUUACGCGCUUUAUCUUUACUUGUGGGAUAUAUUGGAGCAUCAAAUUGUGCAGAGGAUGAAUUAUUUAAAAAGCUUAAAAAUGAUGUGUUUCAGUGUUUAAGUGAACAAUAUGAAGAUGAGGAAGAACAGGAAUUAUUGCGCGAAAUAAAUGAAAAAUAUACGCAACCUGAUGAAUCGUUGAAGUUGAAACCUCUUGAGAAUAGCAGUUUACCUUACGAUGAAUAUACUUUGUAUGAUCGGUAUAAUAUACUUUUGAAAGAUUGUAGUACAAAUUUAAAGAAAUAUAAUGUACCAUAUAUUCAAUAA